AUGCCCAAAAAAACCAGGCCCCCGCAAGCCCUGACUCCCGAGCCUCAAGCUCGUUCUGAGUCGCCUCCUCAGCCUGCCACUCAACGGGUGACUCGCGCGCGCAACAAGGUUGCCCACCCGGGGGCACGCGAUCUGCGGGGUUGGGACCCUGACAACCCCAAUCGCGUCCCCACCCCGCCGGCCGAAAAACGGGAGAAGUCCGCUGCUGCGAAAAAAAAGGAGGAGCAAGAAAAGGUCCAGCGGGAGCGCAAACAGGCCGCCGCCGUCGUGAGAGCCGCACGGGAGCAAGAUCGACUGCAGCGCGAAGAGGAGAGGGCGGUCGAGCAGCGUCGUAAUCCCCCUCCCCCUCCCCUCCGGCUCCCUCAAGCCAGACUCCCGCCAUCGAAGCCCUCCAGGGUCGCAAGAGAAACCUCCUUGCCGCCUCCUGACCGCUGA